AUGUCAAUUUCUUCCUGGGGCGGUGACUCUUCCGACGACGCCUUUCAUGGACCCGCCACCAGCGUGGCGGGCCCGGAAAAGGGCAUCGUGUCGGCGUACGAACCAAAAGGUGACGAUGUCCUUGUCGACUCCCAUACCCCCGCCCCCGUGCGCGACGUGUCUGGCGACAUCCUUGACGACGGACUGAGAAGAGUGUUGAAGGGUCGGCAUUUUGUCAUCAUCGCACUCGGCAGCAUCAUCGGACCGGGCACAUUUUAUGGCUUGGGCUAUGCGCUGUUCCUGUCGGGCACGCCGGGCGCACUGCUGGGGUUCGCCAUCGUCGGCGUCUCGGUCUGGAUUUUAAUGCAGAGCGUUGGCGAGCUAACCACUUUAUUCCCCAUCCACGGAGGCUUUGUCGAGCAUGCUGGACGAUUCGUGGAUCCGGCCCUAAGCUUCGCCAUGUCUUGGUUGCAUUAUUUGAUGUGGAGUGUCUUCCUCGCUGCAGACUGGAACUCGGCCAUCCUGAUCCUCCGCUACUGGGUGUCUGAGGAAACGUUCCCCUCAUACGCCUGGGCGUUCCUCUUCUGGGCCGCCUUCUCUGUUGUGACCCUCCUGGGCGUCAACGUCUACGGAGAACUCGAGUAUUACUUUGGCAUGUUCAAGUUCCUAUCGUUGAUUAUCCUCUCCAUCGUGGCCAACGUUGGUGGAUUCGGCGGCGACUAUGUCGGGUUCAGGUAUUGGAGGAAACCGACGGGCCCCAUCAUCCACGGGGUCGAUGGAUUCGGACAGGUCUUUGUCCUCGCCGCUGCGUACUAUGUGGGCACUGAGAUCAUUUCCCUAGCUGGAGGAGAGUCUCGGAAUCCCAAGAACGACGCUCCAAGGGCCAUCAAUUCCGUUGUCUACCGCAUCCUCGUCGUCUACGUUGGCAUGCCAUUUUUCCAAGGCCUGAUCUGCCCAUCGAACUCGCCAGACCUCCUCAACGCAGACUCGGUGGUGGCUUCGUCACCGUUUACCAUAGGCUUCGUCGACGCAGGCUGGAAAACUGCCGGUCAUUUUGUCCAUGCGUUGAUAACGGUGGCUUUUGUGUCAGCGGCCAACGGCGUCGUCAUGUGCAGUCGCGAACCGUCUAUUCCCUGGCGUUUUCCGUGGGUAGCCAUCCUGACCUCCAAUCUGUGGGGUUUCCUCCGCCUUAUGAACCGCAAGCUGUCCGCUGGACGAGUCUUCGCCUACAUGAACAGCGUGGGCGGCACGGCAGCGUACAUUGCCUGGGCGGCCAUCAUCUUCACCCACCUACAGGUCCGAGCGGCGGUAAAGAAACAGGGCAUCGAUGUCCGAACGUUCCCCUACAGAGCCUUCGAAAGUAUCUGGCUGUAUCGCCUGAACUUUGCGUUCAACGUCUUCCUGCUGUUCAUCCAGGGCUACACCGUGUUCAAACACCCGUUCAACUGGAGAUCUUUUAUUGCCUGCUAUAUCACAAUCCCGACGUUUUUCAUCCUCUUUUUCGGGUUCAAGUUCUACAAGAAGACGCACUGGGUGCGCUUGCAUGAAGUCGAUUUCUCUGAUCGGAGGGAGUGGGUUGCUCCAUCGGCCAAGGAGCGUGACGCUCGAACUUGGAUGAGGAAGCUAUGGGACCUGUUCAAAGACUAA